GCCUCAUUGGCAGUCGCACGCGCGUCGGGGGUUGCUAGGGCGACGGGUCGCUUAGCGCUCGUCGGCGCAAAACCGAGCCAGUCGGCCACUGGCGGAGGGAGCUGGGGGAGGCCCGAGGAAGUGCAGCUGAGAGCGGCGCGCGGCGGCCGGGCUCCAAGCGGGAGCCUCCUCCCGGAUCCGCACGGCCCCCCUCCCGGCGCAGGGGCAGGCCGGGGCGGGGGGCCCCGGAGCCGGCGCGGCCUCGGCCCCGUCGGGGGGAGACCAGGGGGCCGCCAGGUCGGAGCAAUGUCGGGCGGCGGCGGCGGCCCCGGUUGGGGCCCGUGACCAUGGGCAUCGCCGAGUCCACUCUGGACGAGCUGCCGUCGGACGCGGAGGAGCAGCUGCGUCACGGUGAGCAGCAGCUGGAGCUGAGCGGGAAGCGGUUACGGCGGCUGCCCAGCGCGGUUUGUGCGCUCAGCCGCCUGGAGAAGCUGUACGUGAGCGGCACGGGGCUGCGUGAGCUGCCGGAGGAGAUCGAGGAGCUACGCGAGCUACGCAUCCUGGCACUCGACUUCAACAAACUCGAGCGCUUGCCCGACGGCCUGUGUCGCCUGCCGCGCCUCACUCGCCUCUACCUGGGCGGCAACCGGCUGCUGGCGCUGCCCAACGACUUCGCGCAGCUGCAGAGCCUGCGCUGCCUCUGGAUCGAGGGCAACUUCCUGCGGCGCUUCCCGCGGCCGCUGCUGCGCCUGGUGGCGCUGCAGUCGCUACAGAUGGGCGACAACCGGCUGCGCGCGCUGCCCGCCGAGCUGCCGCGCAUGACGGGCCUGCGUGGCCUCUGGCUCUACGGCAACCGCUUCGAGGAGUUCCCGCCCGCGCUGCUGCGCAUGGGCCGCCUGCACAUCCUCGACCUGGACCGCAACCGCCUGGGCGGCUUCCCGGAUCUGCAGCCGCUGCGCUCCCUGCGCGUCUUCUCCUACGACCACAACCCGGUUACUGGGCCCCCGCGCGUCGCCGACACUGUCUUCCUCGUGGGCGAGGGCGCCGUCGAGCGCAUGGCGGAGCGCGACGAGCCCAUCCCCCGGCCUCCACCUCGGCGCCCGGUCCGGGCCUUUGAGAACGAGGAGGAAGAAGACCUGCUCAUAGGGGGCGGUGGCUCCAGGGCUCUGGGCCCCCCUGAGGGCAGCCUCCGCGCCCUGGAUGCCGCUCCAGGGCUGGGCACCUGAGCCUGUGCUCUGGGGUGAUGGGUUCCGGCCACUCUGGGAGGAGGGGCUCUGGGAAGGUCUGUGGGAGCGCUGGGCAGAGGAGGGACGGCUUCGGGUGUCCUGGAGGCCGUCUUUAGGUAUUCCUGGGUAGUAAGAAGACUGCCUCCUGGAUGGUUUCUGGGCAUUCAUCAGACCAAGAAGUCUUGGCUCUAUCCAGUCCCCUGUAUCUCUGUCCUGUUCCUGAUAGCAUCACUGACAGCACGAUAGUGGUGCCGGCUUCCCCCUGAACCAGGGUCACCGCUGUCUGUGCAGUCAUCACCUUGGCCGGGCCUGGAUGCCUAAGAUGCCCACCAACCUCCCUCCUGGAGUUUGGAUCUCCUAGACCCUCCUUUUCUGGUGCAGGAGCUGCUACCUCUGGGUGGACCGCAUGCCUCUGUGAGUCAGGACUGCUCUUGGAGGAGGGCCUGGCCCAGCAGUCGGGGCUUGGAGGGGCCGGUGCUCAGGACAGAAGUGAGAAACUGGGAUUGGGGCCCUAACACCGCAGCUGCCCUUGCCCUUCCGGGGCUCAUUGUAUAUACCUCCCUCCCCCGGGCACCCUAAAGUUUGUGUGGGGAAAGGGGGCUUAGGAGGCAGGGUCUCCGCCUCUGUCUUUUAUUCAGUCUCUUCCAGCUUGUGCCUGGAAUCUUGCUGGGAAAGGCUCUGCUUCCCUUCCCCACAACCUGAACCUUCCAACUGUCAAUUUUGAAAAGAAGCCACUGUGCCUCUAGGCCUCCUGCACUGAAGAGAGAGGCUCUCUGCUCUGGGAGGCUGCCCCAGUGCCUCUCCCACUGCCUGCACUCUCCAUUCCCUUAAAUGGGCACAGUCAGGGUGGCUGGCACGGCAUGGGGCAUGGGACGAGCACUGUGCCUCCACUCUGUCACCAGGGACAGCCUCAAGGGGGUGAGGAGUGGAGUCUUGCUCUGCAAUUCCCAGGGCCAGAUCUUUCCCAUCCAAGCAAUAAUGGGAGGAGGGGGCCAGGGCCGGGGACACUCAGGGACACUGUCGGGCAGUUGCUCCACAUGAUAGUGUUUUCUUUAGGAAGAAAAAAAAAACCUAGCUGUAAACAUAAAUUACAUUUCUUGGAGAAAGAAUGUGCAUUUCCCACAUGCCUGUUUAUUUAUAAGCCCUGGGAGCACUGGGUCCCAUUGCUGUGGGGACCCUGGGCUCCCUCUGGCACUGGCCUCUGUCUGUGUGCCCCAGCUCUGCAUUAAACUGGCCCAGCCAACUGUUAUGUUCUGUCUGGGGACGAAGCACUUGUCCUCAGUCACAAAUGGCUUUGGCUGUUCAACGCUG